UGAGUCAACUCGAGCCCUGUUUUUCCUUGAGCUAGAAAUGCUUUCGGUUCACCACGAGCGUCAAACUUUCAUUUUCUCUUGACAUUGGAAGAGUUGAGUACGCGUUGUUCAGCUAGUUAUUCGGGUUCAACUAGUUAUUUUCGCUCGAUGAGAUAUAAAAGGGUUCUGAGGGGGUUGUUCUGUCGUCUGUUAGAAUUUUUUCGUACUUUGACUUCUUUGGGUUGGCGUGUUCUCAGUAAACUUCGUUUGAGAUAUACAAGUCAGAUCAACAUGUCAGAUGAUGAGUGCGAGUUCGACUCUACAUGGGAGGAUGGAGACGACGAAAAGAAAACACCCAGAAAGAAGGUGUUUUGCAGCCACGGAAGGAAUCGCAGGAACAUGUUUGCUGCAAAUGACAUGCGAGCCUUUCGACAUAGUUGCCGGGGCUUGGAUAAUAGUGGUGAUGAUGAUGGUGCUGAUGAACAAGGCAAAGGCCACUUCUAUAACCUAGAAUUUUACCGUGGUAAAUUAAGAUCUUCACCCGAUGAACUUUACAUCGAUGAUUUUCACCAGAAGUGGUGGGGUGAAUAUGACUUGCUGGAGGAUGUUCACUCCUACAUUCAAUGGUUGUUUCCAAUACAAGAGCCGGGGAUGAAUUGGAGAGCACAUGUGCUCUCAAAAAAUGAAAUAAAGCUUUUCCGUAUAGAUAAAGAAGCAAAGAGAAAAUUGGUGCAAUCAUAUAUGCUCAUGUUGGAUUUCUACGGUAUAUAUUUGGUCAAUGAAUCAACAGGAGAGGUGGCUCGUGCUUCUAACUGGAAGGACCGCUUUAGAAACCUGAACAGGCAUACACAUAACAACUUGCGCAUCACACGCAUCGUGAAGUGUUUGGGGACUCUAGGAUUGAAGCACUACCAGGCCCCGCUGGUCAGGUUUUUCCUCAAUGAAACUCUUGUCAUGGGAGAGCUUCAGAAUGUGAAGCAAAGUGCACUAGAUUACUUUAUGUUUGCUGUAUUGGACAAGUCAGAGAGAAGGGAGCUGGUUAAAUUUGCCUUUAAGAACUUCAAGCCCCGAGAGCACUUUGUCUGGGGCCCAAGGAAGAUUCUGUCAGGUCAGGUGACGCACUGCAAAAACGAAAGCGUGGACCAGCCAACAGAGAAUAAUAGUAGUAGUGCAGAAAAUCAGCAGAAAAGGGUGAAUCUUCAUGAAAGCAAACAUAAAAUGAACAAAAUAGGCGCCAAUCAUCCUCCUGAAGAGAUGCAAAGUAAAAAAGAUCACCAAAAUAAAGAUGAGCCAGUUAUUUCAAACACGUUGACAGAAACAAAUAGUGAAAAUGAAAAUGAGGGUGUAGUAAAAAAAAAAAAAAAUCAAGAUUUGAGUGUUGGAGAUGGUGAUGAUAAUGAAAACAUAGCACCAGCAAACAAGUCUCAUGGUCAUGGUGCUGUUAUUAGCUCUCACCAAACUGAAGAGAAGAGAAAAAAAGAUUCCCAAAAUAAGGAUGAGCCAGUUAUUCCAAACAAACUGACAGAAACAAAUCAGUGGGCAAAUAAGAGCAGACAUUGCAGCUCAGAAAAUGGGGAUGCAGUAAAGCAAAAUGAUGAAAUAAGUGUUGGUGGUGGUGGUGAUGGUGAUGGUGUCGGUGGUAGUGAUGAUAACGAAAACAUAGUACCAACUAAUCAUGAUCAUGAUUCUCACCAAACUGAAGGGGGGUCUUCAUGUCAUGUGCAUGACGUAGAAAUUAAGGAUGAAACUGGGGAUAAAGAAUCAGAAGAUAACCAGAAAAGGUUGAAUGAGAGCAAACAUGAAAUUGAAAAAACAGAGGCCAGUCAUUCUCCUGAAGAGAUGAAAAGUAAAAAAGAUCACCAAAAUAAGAAUGAGCCAGUUAUUCCAAAUAAAUUGACAGAAGGAAAUAGUGUCAGUGUUAGUGAUGAUAAUGAAAACUCAGCACCAGCAAACAAGUCUCAUGGUCAUGAUGCUGCUAGUGGUUCUCACCAAACUGAAGAGCAGAGAAAAGAAGAUUCCCAAAAUAAGGAUGAGCCAGUUAUUCCAAACAAAUUGACAGAAACAGAUAGUGAUCAGUGUGCAAAUAAGAGCAGACAAUGCAGUUCAGAAAAUGGGGAUACAGUAAAGCAAAAUGAUGAAAUAAGUGGUGGUGAUGGUGUCAGUGUUUGUGAUGAUAACGAAAACAUAGUACCAACUAAUCAUGAUCAUGAUUCUCACCAAACUGAAGGGGGGUCUUCAUGUCAGGUGCAUGAUGUAGAAAUGAAGGAUGAAACUGGGGAUAAAGAAUCAGAAGAUAACCAGAAAAGGUUGAAUGAGAGCAAACAAGAAAUUGAAAAAUCAGAGACUAGUCAUUCUCCUGAAGACAUGAAAAGUAAAAAAGAUCACCAAAAUAAGAAUGAGCCAGUUAUUUCAAACAAAUUGACAGAAGGAAAUAGUGUCAGUGUUAGUGAUGAUAAUGAAAACGCAGCACCAGCAAACAAGUCCCAUGGUCAUGAUGCUGCUAGUGGUUCUCACCAAACUUCAUGUCAGGUUCAAGACGUAGAAAUGAAGGAUGAAACUGUAAAUAAACAUGAAAAAUCUGAAAAUGAGCAGUAAAAGGGGGAACCAGUUAGUCCAAACAAAUUGACAGCAAAAAAUAUGGCUUAUUAGGGAGCAAAUGAGAGCAGUUAGCGCAGCUCAAAAAACGAAAGUGUAGUAAAGCAACAUCAAGAGAUGAGUGAUUGUGAUGAUAUCAAUAACACCAGCAAACAUAUCUCAUGGGGUCCUCGCCAAACUAAAGAGUCUUCAUGUGAGAUGUCUGACAUGUCUCAUGGUGAUGAUAAGGGUUGUCUUUAUCUUUGUUCUGACAUCUUGCAUAAAAAUGAGGGAGAUCAAUGAAAUGUAACAAGCACUGCAACAAUAUGAGUUUACAUAUUUGUUUUUCUAAAUUAAAUUACAGAAAAUAUAUUGGAAUGUUCUGUAUGAUUUAAGUUAAAGUGCUAUUGUUAAUGUUUUUUUUUAUUAUUGUUUAGCAGAUUGUCAGAAGAAAGAAAAAAUAGCAUCAUAAAAGUAUAUUUGUCUGACUUGUAUGAAAUGUAAUAUUAUAUUGAUGUUUUUUUCUUAUUUUGGUUUUUAAUUUAUUGUACUGAUGAACUGUUCAUUGUUAACUGCUGUAAUCUUUUCACUGUCAGCACAUCUUUGACUAAAGCCUAACUGCUGUACAGGAAAUGGAGUAAUGAAAUUGUGAUGAAGCAAAGUUGCACUAUGAAAAGUAGCACCAGUAAAUGAUAGAUUUGUGAGUUCUAUGAUUUUGUCUACUCUGAUGAAUUGUUUUUUGAGAACACUGGAAAUUGGAAAUAUUGAAAAUUUCCUCAUGCCUCAAGUUGAAGUGUGAGCUUUGAAAAGUUAAAUAAUUUAUCGCAUAAUUUAGCUGAUUGAUAACUUGUGAUUAGAAACUACUAUUAAAUUAAUUUUGUAUGUUUUGCGUUAAUGCAAUACAGUAGUGGGUGAUUAUGUUGAAGUAUGUAAAAACUAUGCUGUUUUGGUUUAUUGAGGUUUAUACUGUCUUCCCACUGACAAAAUGCUUCCUUUACAAAUAAAAUGCUAAAAUAAAGUCCA